AUGGCUUCUAGUCCAGUAGCAGUAACAGAAGGGUUUUCAUUUAAGUAUGCUGUUAAACAUUCUUCUCCUUCGUCACGCUCCUCACUUUGCAAGGAAUACCGCAUCCUUCAACACUUUCGUGGUUGCCCAAACAUUGUUCAGUGCUUUGAUCUGCUGACCACUGAAUCUGAGGAGCCGAGUUACAACUUGCUUCUCGAUUAUGCUCCUGGUGGGAAUCUUCUGAAUUUGAUCAAAAAAUAUGGUGGUAAGAUACCAGAAUCUCAUGUAAAUUCCUAUACGAGAAUGUUACUUGAAGGACUUUAUGAUAUUCAUAAGAGAGGUUACGUCCACUGUGAUCUCAAACCAGGAAACAUUCUUGUUUAUCCCUCUGAUCAACCCGAUUCGCUUAGUACUCUGAAGAUUGCUGACUUUGGCUUAGCCAAGGAACCUGGAGAUUCAGAUGAGCCAACGACAAGGCCUCCCGGGCUUGCUUUUCGAGGCACCGCGCGUUACAUGUCACCAGAAUCUGUCAGGGAUGGGAAAAUCACUGCUGCUAUGGACAUAUGGUCGCUAGGAUGCGUUAUUGUUGAGAUGAUGACGGGGAAUCCACCUUGGGAAUCUGUCAGAACUUAUGAAGACUUGGCGACCAAGAUUGCAUUGACAGACUACAUACCAAAUUUACCCCAAGACAUGUCAGCCUUAGGGAAAAAUUUCUUGCUGAGGUGCUUUGCUAAGGAUCCUCGGGAUCGUUGGACUGCUGCUGGGCUGAAAAAUCAUCCUUAUAUCCAUCUUAAGAGUGCAUAUUUUGCAGUAAGAACUAGUUUUCUUCAAGUUCCUUCUGGAGAAACUUCAAACCCUUUGGAGAUACAACCCGCUGUCUAG